UUUUCAUAUAUAUAUAAUUUUUUUUUUUAAUUUUCUAUUUUAAUUUUAUUAAUUUUUAAUUUUGAUUUUGGUUUUCUUUUCCCUCUUUCGUUCCAGAUUAGGUAGAUCAUCAUACCCGCUGAAAACCCUAAUUCCGUACGGAUUUUGAUCUCUGUUUUCCUCGGAUUUGAAGGCUUUUAGCCCCAGAUCUGAUGUUAGGUUCGAUUUCUUGAAAUUCUAGGGCUUGAAUUUCAGGGUUUCAAAUUCCAUGUUUGAUUUAUCGUGAUAUUGUUUGUUUGUGCGUCGUUUGAAAACCUAACUUUGUUGAACAAAUUCGAUUUCUUCCUUUCUAUUUGGGGAAAUCGGAUUUUUUUUCUCUGAGAAGGAUUUGAGUUUGUGAUUUCUGUUAUAGCGGGGGUGUUCGUAUAUGUAUGGCUUCAGGGAUAUUAGAUGCGGACAAGAUAAGCAAAGGGAAGAGUAAGUGGGGAGAGGGUAAUAAAGUCUACACAAGAAGGUUUAAAAAGGCCAACAAGAACACCACCGCCGCCGCCGCCCCCGUCACCGUUUCUUCCCCAACCACCACCGUCACCACCACUUCUCUGCCUACUACCAGAACCGCCACCGCUGACCCAGCUUCUCCACCCGCCACCACAAAUAACGAGCAAACCCUAGCUACUGAGGACGCAAAUUCGGAAAAGCAACAGAAUUUAUCGCCGGUACUUGAGGUAUCAGAUGAUCAUUCCAUCCAAAAUCGGCAGCUUGAAGUGCUUGCUGUUUCCCCGAAUGAGCCCACCAGAAACGGGGUAAUCAAACCGGUUGCUAUUCUGGUGGAUGGUCGGGUCAAGAUUAAUGUAAAAGCUGCGAGGUCUAAAAAUGAGAUCAUUGAGCUUAGAGAGAAGCUAAGAGCUGAACUUGAUCGAGUCCGGCGUUUAGCUCAAAAGCUUGAAGAUAAAGAAGCUGAGCUAACUGCCUUUUCAACAGUUGUUGGUGUUGGUGGCGACGGUGAGGCUUACAGUCAUUCGCAGUAUUCAGGUAAUGAUAUAGUGGAGAGAAGAUCUCUGCUUAGAGUGAAUUCAGAAAUGGGUACUGAUUUCAUGGAGAGGAGGGCUUUAGUAAGAGUUGAUCGCGAAAUGGGUUCUGAUGUGAUAGACCGGAGAGCCUUGAUGAGACUAAAUUCUGAAGUUGGUUCAGUGGCAAAUAGUGAUAUAAGGCCUUUUAGGCCACUAAGUGUAUCAGUUGUUGAUAACAACCAUGGGGUUGGUGAAUUUGUUGAGAAAGAGAAGAGGACACCAAAGGCUAAUCAGUAUUAUCGGAAUUCAGAUUUUCUUCUUGGGAAGGACAGAUUACCUCCUGAGAGCAACAAGAGGCACAAAGUUAAUGGUGGAAGAAAGCAUAGCAAGGAAUCAGAUUACAGUAUUGGUCAUGAAAGGCACAGGACUCAAAUGUUCAAGAGUUGCAACAAUUUGCUGCAGAGAUUGAUGAAGCACAAGCAUGGUUGGGUGUUUAAUGAACCUGUUAAUGCAAAGCAGCUCGGAUUGCACGAUUACCAUGACAUCAUUAAACACCCAAUGGACUUGGGCACAAUUAAGAGCCGGCUUGCCCAAAACUUCUACAAGUCCCCCAGAGAAUUUGCGGACGAUGUCAGACUCACAUUUCAUAAUGCCAUGACUUAUAAUCCAAAAGGGCAAGAUGUACAUGUUAUGGCAGAGCAGCUAUCAAAUAUUUUUGAAGAGAGGUGGUCCGUGAUUGAAUCUGAAUUCAAUCCAGACUGGAGAUAUGGAAUGAUUUAUGAUGCAAGCACUCCAACACCCACUUCAAGAAAGGUUCCUCAUUUUGCACAUGCCCCUCCAAGGACACUGUAUAGGUCAGAGUCCAUGACCUUGCCUUUCAUGACUAGGCAAAAACCCUCUAAAUUUGCCCCACCUAGCAGGACACCCAUGCCAAAGAAACCUAAAGCCAAGGAUCCCAAUAAGAGGAAUAUGACUUAUGAAGAGAAGCAAAAACUCAGCACAAACCUUCAAAGCCUACCUUCUGAAAAGCUUGACAACAUUGUCCAGAUCAUCAAAAAGAAGAACACCUCACUUUCUCAACAUGACGAUGAAAUCGAAGUUGAUAUUGAUAGUGUUGAUAUAGAAACUCUCUGGGAGCUCGACAGGUUUGUCACAAAUUACAAGAAGAGUUUAAGCAAACAUAAAAGGAAAGCGGAACUUGCUCAACAAGCAAGGGUGGGAGCUGGCAAUGCUAAUCAAGCCGUGUUAGAAAACUUGGCAACAUCCAUUCAGCAGGCCCCAAAAGAAAAUAAAGCAACAGAUGAGAAGACUCUUGCCAGUACUCCUCCCGACCAGGGAGAGAGGAGAGGAGAUAAUGCCAGUAGGUCUAGUAGUUCAAGCAGUUCUAGCAGUGACUCUGGGUCCUCUUCAAGCGAUUCAGAUAGUGAUAGUUCCUCUGAAGAUGGAUCGGAUGCAGGUCAUUCACCUAGAAGUUGAAUGGCAUAGAUUAAGGUUAUCCUCGUUUUUAUAGUUCGGUCGCCGCUUCUUUCUAUUGGUAGCUACAUCCUGGAAUCUCGGGAUAAGUUAGUUGUGAUCUCGAGAUUGGGGAACACCUGGAGUCCUGACCGAUUCCCCUUUUGACUCUUUCAACCCUCCUCUGGCUGGACUCACUGUUCCCAACUGACUGCACGCGUCGUUAUGGAAGCUGCUGUCGUCAUCUCGUGGUGAGGUCGGCGGCAUUAUGCCAUCGGGCAAGAUUUUCCACCAUAACAAGUACUAGCUAUCCUAUAAAAAUCAUAAUUCCAGAGAAAGUAAUUGAUUUGGGAUGUUAGAUAUUUUAUCAAGAACAAGAUGCAAUACAAGAUUGAUUAUAGUAAGCAAAAGCAAUCUUGCUAGACAAACUUCAGCCCCUUGGAAAUGACCAAGUUAGCUUGUCAUCUUGGUGUUUGAUUCUUCAUUCUAGAAGUCGGACUUCAUGGUGACGCGUGGUGAAACGUGAGGGUUGAUGAUGGAAGAUGUUUUUGUCUCUUCUUUCUUGUGUCUAGAUACAUUAGGAGUAACUUGCAACUGCCAAAAUGCAAGGAGUGAAUCGGUCUAUGCAUUAAUGUGAGCGAGUGUUGUCAUGAUAUUUCUUAGAAUGCAAUGAAAUGUAGUAAAUAUCUUCCUAAAUGGUACAUCCACAUAAAUGGAACGUUCAAACCAAGUGUCAAAAGGUUUCCGAAGAGCUCAAAAAGCAAAAUUUGGAUGCUGGGUGCGCCCCUGUAUUUGAUGAUGGCCAUGGGCAACGCUUGACGCUUUUAGUUCUUUGCUCUUUGUUGUUUUAGUCUAAAAACUGUCAUCAUGUUUAUUAUAACAACAGAAGAUGAUAUAAAACACGCAAAAGUGAAAUUGAAAAUGCACGAUUUAAUGUACCUUCCGGGAGCUAAGCUCAUAAAAUGAAUGAGAGUUCAGGGUCAUUGUUUAGAAGACAUAAUCAUAGCUUUGAACUUUGUAAAAAGAGAAUAUUAUCUUAAUGCAUUUGACAAAUUUGCAUUAUUUAGAAAUAAUCGAGUUCAGUAGAAAGUGAACAAUAAGGCCAUGACCUGAAAACCUCGACAGCAUUAAAGCCGGGGUCUUUAAGGAAGCUUUUUAGCAAGCUGAGGUAUAGGCUCAUACCAUCGGAGCUAAGCAUUGAUGACACGAACUUGUUGAGAGAAGUCUUCCUCUAAUUUAUGGUAAUUAUCAGUGCAAGUAUGAGUACAAGUGCAUGCUGCAUGUA